UAAGGAGGAAAAAGUGGCAGAGGAGGAGCGGGGUGCAACACAAUUCCAGCCCAAACCGCGUUUUAUAGGAGCAAAAUGAGGAAAUGAAACAAAACUGAGCAUCUUCCCCGUUUCGUCGCCUUUGCAGCGGCUCACCAGGACACCAUGGUUUCAUUUCACUGGAGCUGAUAAACAGAAAUGAGCGGUGUGCGGUGAGACCUGCGUCCAAAAACAAACCGAGCGCGUCUAUUGUGUGAAACCGGCUCGUCCAAAAGAUGGGGCACCCUCCUCUCGAGUUCAGCGACUGCUACAAGGACAGCCCGGACUUCAGGGAGAGUCUGAAGUGUUACGAGCUGGAGCUGGACAGGACAAGCAAAUUCCUCAAAGAGUUGAUAAAAGAUGGCAACAGUGUUAUUACUGCAAUCAAAGGCUAUUCAUUGGCCGUGCAGAAGUUUUCCCAGACUCUCAGCGCAUUCCAGUUCGACUUCAUUGGCGACUCCCUGACAGAUGAUGAGAUCAACAUCGCUCAGUCGUUCCAGGAGUUCGCCGGACUCCUGCAGGAAGCGGAGCACGACAGGAUGAUGCUGGUCCAGAACGCGUCCGAUCUGCUCAUCAAGCCCUUGGAGAAGUUCAGGAAGGAGCAGAUAGGAGUUACAAAAGAAAAGAGGAAGAAGUUUGAGAAGGAGAGUGAGAAGUAUUACUCCCAGCUCGACAAACACCUAAGUCUCUCUGCCAAGAAGAAGGAGAGUCAUCUUCAAGAGGCUGAUGAUCUCCUCGACAAAGAGCGGCUGAAUUUUUAUGAAUCGUCGGUGGAGUAUGUGUACCAGAUCCAUCAGGUGCAGGACAGGAAGAAGUUUGACGUUGUGGAGCCGGUGCUGGCGUUUCUCCACAGCAUCUUGACGCUCAACAACCUGACGGUGGAGAUGACGCAGGACUUCAUGCCGUACAAGCAGGAGCUGCAGCUCAGCCUGCAGAACACAAGAAACCACUACGACAGCACGUCCGAGGAGCUGGAGGAGCUGAUGAAAAGAAUGAAGCACCCAUCCCAGAUCUCCAAGAUGCACAACUUUAUGCCGAUGCAGGGCUACCUGCUGUGUCAGGAGAAGUGGGCUCUGGGCGUGUCGUGGGUGAAAUAUUACUGUGAGUACAGGAAGGAUGGGAGACUGCUGGUCAUGGUGCCCUCUGAACAGAAACCCGCCACCAAGCAGUGCCCCACGCAGCUAACUCUGAAGUCCUGCAUCCGCCGGAAGACGGAGUCCAUAGACAAGCGCUUCUGCUUCGACGUGGAGACCGUGGAGAGAAACGCACCUGUCACUUUCCAGGCUCUCUCGGAGGAGGACAGGAAGCUGUGGAUGGAGGCCAUGGAUGGAAAAGAGCCUAUUUAUCAUUCCCCAAUUCACAAGCAAGCUGAAAUGGAGCUGAACGAAACUGGAUUUAAGUUUGUUCGAAAGUGCAUCAACUACAUCGAGACCAAAGGAGCCACACAAGAAGGAGUCUACAGAACCGUUGGCAGCAACAUCCAAGUGCAGAAGCUUUUAAACGCCUUCUUUGAUGCUACAGGUCCUGGAGACGUGGAUCUUCAAGGCAGCGACUGGGAUGUUAAAACCAUCACAAGUUCACUGAAGUUUUAUCUAAGGAGUCUGUCCGAACCUCUAAUGACCUACAGUCUUCACCAAGACCUCAUGUGUGCUGCAAAGUCGGAUAGUCUGGACUCUCGACUCAGCGAAAUCCACUCGAUCACCUACAAACUGCCAGAGAGGAACCGAGAAAUGUUGGAGAUGCUGAUCAAACACCUGGUCGGUGUGUGCAGCCACAGCGACGAAAACAGGAUGACUCCUUCAAACAUGGCCGUCAUCUUCGGACCUACGCUUAUGAGGGCGAAGGAGGAGACGGUGGCGGCCAUGCUUGAUAUCAAGUUCCAAAACAUUGUGGUUGAAAUUCUGAUUGAGGACUACAAGAAGAUCUUCAGUUGUAUGCCGGAGGACAGCAGCGCCCCGCCUGUCCCGCCGCCCCGCAUCACCCCGAGAAAGCGGCAGCCCAUCACCAUCUCCAAGCGGCCCGCUCGCGUCUAUCAGCCUCUCAGUCACGACAGGUUCCAGCACACAGAGAAUGGCCAGACUGACGCCGCCACCCCGGAUGGGGACGUUUCUGCAAGCCCGGUUCCCCUGAAGCGGACCAAACCUCUGCCCUGCGCUCCAGUCUGUCCACGAGAGCCUCCUCCGAGGCAGCCGGUGACGUCGAGGCCCGCUAACCGCCAGGACAGACUGGCGGACUGUAGCGACGCGAGGCAAAAGCCAGAUUCCUCCUCGGGAGCAAACGGGGAGUCUUCUGCGUGCGUGAGCCGGGCAUCGUCGUUUCAGAGCAGGAAGCCUCCCCCAAAAGCCACGCCGGCCAACCGUGAAGGAGAUUCUGAUGGUCUCAGCAGAACAAGGUGGACAGAAAAACCCGUGAUAUGUCGACCCCCGGUCAGACCGCCUGAGCCUCCAUCCAGAUGUCCCCCUCCGCAGAAACCUCCAAGUGCCCCCGCCAGCAGUGAUGGCUCAGCCUCAUCUUACGUCGCAUCGAAAACCAAGUUUUUUGAGAAUGCCUCCAGGCAAGUGGGAAGUCCACUGGCCUCUCCACCGCCGGUAGGAACAAAUGUGAAAAAAGAGCAGACUUAAGUUUGAGGAGGAUUACAGUAGACGACAUCGUCGUCAUGUGACCUUGACACAUGCUGCUGCACAUUGAGCUGGAGGGAUCCACCACUGAUGGAGGCGGUCUGAGGGGGACUGAUGAAACGGUUCUCAGUGGAACCGGAUCCAUUCACUAGUUUCUGAUUGAACAUCAACAAAGGCGACACGGAGAUAACCCGUCACGAAAUACUGCGCUCUGUGUUGGACUGCUGCUCCGGCGGUCGACUGGAGCAGGUCUCGGGUUAUUCUUGUUUCACCACAUCUCUCCGUUGUUCUGGGUCGAGUGGUUUUAGCAGAAAAUUUCAGGAUGUUCCCAGGUCUAUUUAUGGAGAGUAGGGAAUGUAAAUGUUUGUCCGAGACCAAAACAACUUGAAUCAGAGCAGUUUUUGAUGAGAUCGAUAUAUAUUCUAGAUAUUUGCAGCAAAAUGGCAGUAAAUGUUAGUCCUUUAAUAAGUCCUUUAGUAAUUUGAAACAGCUUGCGCCGUAUAAAAAUGUCAUUUCAUUUAAGUCAUAGUGUGGAUAGGGUCAACUUUGUAUUUGUACAAAAGAGUGUAUUAAAAGCUGUGUUUGGACCGUACAGGUAUCUCCUCCUGGUCAUAAGUUUGUACAAGUCAACAACCAAAUUCAGGCAACUACUGUCAACAUGUGAGAGAUGAAGAGCAUUUAUGGCCUCUGCCUUAAUACCCAAAUAGGAGCUCUCCUCCUUGUGUGUCUGUUGACAGCAGGAAGAAGUCCUGUAAGCCUUUUGUAAGCCUUUUUAUGCACUUUCUGUCCACUUGCAGAGUUAAAUGAUCUGUUUGUCUGUAGAGACUCGAUCCAUGAAGUGCAGUUGCCAACAUUAACUGGCGUUUUGCUAUAAACAUGCUCUGUUCACUAAUCACGUCGUUUAGGUCCCUGAUAAAAGUUAACAGUCUUUACCAUCUGAUAAUGUUUUUCUCUUUAAGGACUUUUUAUUGCCAGUUUUAAGAGGAGAAUUAACUGUUACAUGUUGGAACGUUAACACUUGUUUCAGUGUGAAACACAUUACUGACAUCACAACUUGCUUUUAUCUGUUUAAUCUGUUAACGUCAACAACAAAAAUUAAUUCUGUAUUGAGACUUCAAAAACUGUUGCAUCAGUGUACCUACGCUUAAAUAAAAACAAUGGCAUAGAAAAAGGUACUUUAUUAGAAAUGUAAUAUCUGGCAACAAACUGGACAAAAAAAAUAAAGGAAAACUUUUCAAUUUAUUAAUUCAUAUAAGCUAUGAGAGUUAUUUUUUUUUAUUUGAUAAAUCUUUCUUUUUUGAGAGAAAAAAGCUCAUUUUUCCCGUCUGUGUAGUUUCAGUUUACACAGUUUAAAAUCAGCGUGUUUCUUACCUAACGUACUGUAGACGUGUCAGAUUGUUGAGUCCUCAGAGGUCGUCUCGAGUCAUUGGAGCUUAUAUAAAUAGUUGGGAUAUUUAAAAUAAAAAAAUAAA